GAAUCAAGGUACUUCUAUCUGUAAUCUAUUCUGUUUGUAUUUGGAAUUGGAUGACAGCAGCUAAUAAUUUUAAUAAUAAUAAUAAUAAUAAAGUUCUUUCUUUUAUUAAUUUCUUUCCUUCUUCUUUCUGUUCAUUGAUUACUUUUAUAAUCUUAUAUUUCAUUUAGCAGAAUCACGAUUCUUGUUUAAUUUUUUCCGUCCACAAAACCCAACAAAUCUGCAACAAACCUUAACAGGGGCCUACCAUUUUCGCCCAUUAUUUUAUUUUCUUUGAGCUUUGUUCAUAGUUAUUGUUAAGCUCUUUUACUCUCUCUCUCUCUCUCUCUCUCAUGCAGCUGUGUAAUGUAAAAGGGUCGCACUUUCUCAUUUCUAUACUAAUUGUUAACAAAGGACAAAUCUUUCUUCAGUUGUACACAAGUUAUGCGUUAAUGUGCAUCAAAGAUCUGUUUUUGCCUUGACUCACCGGCUUGAGGCACGCUUAUUGAGAGGUCUCAUGGACACACCUAUAAGAUGUCUUAUCAACAGUAUUUCUCGAUUCAUUCUUCUAGUUUCAUGCCAGAACAGGAAAGCUAUGCCUAUUCAAAAAGAUUAUAGGAAUAUGGUUAUGGUAUUAAAGCAUUUGAAACCAGUGCUCGAUGAAGUUGUUGAUUACAAACUAUCUUCAGAUGACAUACUAUAUAAAGAGUGUGAAGAACUGGAUUUGGCUGUUAAUGAGGCUCGGGAGUUUAUGGAGAAUUGGUAUCCAAAGAUGAGCAAGAUUUGUAGUGUUUGGCGAAGUGAAGCCCUCUUUACGAAAAUCCGAACCUCUGCACUAGAUAUUUGUCACAUAUUACCUAGGUUGUUGCAAUCUUCUCCAUCCACUCCAAGUUUAACUGGUGUUCAGCACUGUAUGCAGGAGCUUCAAUGUUUAGAACAGGAAAUGAUAACAGAUCAUAUAGAGGAGGCUGUAAGAAGUAAAAGAGAAGGUGUCAUUCCUUGUAUCGAUCACCUUACGAAAAUUAUUGAAUCACUAAGUUUGACAUCAGAUAGGGAAUUCUUGAAAGAAAUUGUGGCUGUGGAAAAGGAGAGAGUGAAUAUUGAAGUCAAUAAAGGAAAAGGGGACUUAGGUCAUAUCGACAAAAUUGUGGAUCUCAUAUCUGAAAUACGUAAUUGCUUGCUUAAAAUUGAGCGCUUAGAACCAGAGAGUGGGGUCCCAAUUCCUCCAUACUUCCGCUGUCCUCUGUCAUUGGAACUCAUGUUGGAUCCUGUGAUUGUGGCUUCAGGUCAAACUUAUGAGAGGGCUUCCAUUCAGAAAUGGCUUGAUCAUGGGUUGACCAUUUGCCCAAAGACCCGUCAAGAGCUUGCUCACACGAAUCUUAUUCCCAAUUAUACUGUAAAAGCUAUGAUAGCAAAUUGGUGUGAAGAAAACCAAAUAAGACUUUCCAGUAACUCUAAGCAGGCUAAUCUUACCUCAGCUCCAACUCCAUCAGAUCAUAGUUUACAGUGCUCUGAUAGUCUCCAUCCCUCUCUUCAGAGUAGCAAUUCUACAUCAAAAUCAUCCCUUGAAGUUGGAAAUGGAUUUGGGAAGCACAAGGUUGAUUUCUCAUCUAAACCAAUUGGAGAAGAGCCCAACAGAUAUCAAAUCAGGCAGAUUAAAAGCACUGGAUGCCCAUCCCAUGAACUGUCAUAUAUUCACAGUAGGAGCGAAUCAGCCUCAAGUGCCAUAUCCAGUAUUGAGUAUGUGUCUCCAGUUUCAAAUGACGAAUUAAUGAUAUCCAACAAGCGUGAAAAGGCAAUCAACUUCGCAAGAGAGAUUACAUUUGAUUGUCUUGCUCCUUUGCCAAAUAAAGAACUAGGAUUUUCUCCCUUGUCUGAAAAUCAAUUCUCCGUUCCUAAAACAAAAGCCGAUGGGGAAGGAAAUGGAAACCAUAUCCACAUUAGAACACAGUCUGCUCCCUUUUUGGACAUGGGUUCUGGUUAUGUAACUAUAUCUUCUCAUGUCAAGAAUUUGAUUGAAGAUCUUAAAAGCCAAUCAAAUGAAUUGCAGACUACUGCUGCAGCAGAAUUACGGCUCCUCGCGAAGGACAAAAUGGAGAAUCGCAUCAUUAUAGGCUGCUGUGGUGCUAUUCCGCCAUUGCUUUCACUACUAUACUCAGAAGUGAAGCUGACUCAAGAGCAUGCUGUGACUGCUUUGUUGAACAUGUCAAUCAAUGAAGAAGUUAAGACCAUGAUUGCUGAAGCAGGAGCAAUAGAACCGCUUAUACAUGUUCUGAAAUCAGGAAAUGAUGGAGCGAAAGAAAAUUCUGCGGCAACCCUAUUUAGUCUAUCCGUUUUAGAAGAAUACAGAGCAAAAAUUGGCCGCUCCGGGGCAGUCAAAGCCUUGGUGGGUCUUCUGGCCUCUGGGACUCUAAGGGGGAAGAAGGAUGCUGCUACGGCUUUGUUUAACCUUUCAAUUCUUCAUGAUAACAAGGCAUGCAUAGUUCAAGCUGGAGCUGUAAAGUAUCUUGUUAAGUUGAUGGAUCCUGCCACUGGAAUGGCUGACAAGGCAGUUGCUCUUCUUGCAAACCUGUCAACAAUUGGGGAAGGGCAGUUGGCAAUUGUGCGUGCUGGAGGCAUCCCUUCACUGGUUGAGAUUGUUGAAUCAGGAUCUCAGAGGGGGAAGGAAAAUGCUGCCUCUGUAUUGUUGCAACUAUGCCUUAAUAGUCCCAAGUUUUGUACCCUUGUUUUGCAAGAAGGAGCAGUUCCUCCUCUUGUUGCAUUGUCCCAGUUUGGCACACCAAGAGCAAAAGAAAAGGCACAACAGCUUCUUUGUCAUUUUCGUAAUCAGAGAGAAGGAGCCAUGGGAAAGGGUAAAUAAUAAUAUGAAACAGAUUUUGUUUGAUUGUUUGAUUGCUUUGAUAUGUUUUCUCUCCAUCCAGAUGCUUGGGAGCUUUCAUUUUUCCUAUAUAUUUUUAGGUUUUUAGCUAUAUUUGUUAGUGUUGUAGUCUUGAUUUAUUCUUUUAGUAGGAAGAGUAGCAUGCUUGUUAGAUUUUUUAGUUUUCCCAAAUAUUAGAGUGCAGUCACCGGGAAUUUGUUAUUUUCUUUCGGUGUCAUAGAAUAUGAGAAUUGAUAACUGCUCGGGUUCUAUGUAAUGUAUAUAUCAUGUAUAUAUAUCUUUUUUAACUGUUGCAGUCUGCUAUACAAUAAAACAUUGAACAUUUAUGGUAUUUUAUGCACAA